AUGAAACUGAAAACCUCUUCCACUACUGCACAUGGACAAAUUAUCAGCAAAGUAUUAUCUCUGAUCAAAAUCUUCUAUCCAGUUAAUGGAGAUACAAGUCCUCAACUAGAUGAUGGAAGUUCUCCUUUAAUAACCCUUCAAGGAUCAUUUGUUUAUUUUGGACGGAAGUAUAAUCAGAUUUAUGUCAACAACAAUGGACACAUGACAUUUCAAAUGCCAUGGUUCAAUUUUGUUCCACAAAAGUUUCCAUUACAUGGACCCAGAGACGUCAUAGCCCCAUUCUGGACUGAUUUGGACAACAGUGAAACUGGUGUGGUGUACUACAAUCAAUACACCAGUGGCACCAUUCUUCAACGGGCUACACAAGAUAUUAAUCAGUACUUCCCUGGGUUGAACUUUGUUGCCAGCUGGGUCUUUGUGGCAACAUGGUAUAAGGUUCCCUACUUUCCAGAUACAGGAAAUGGCACAACUGUCCAAGCAGUGUUGAUUUCUAACAGCCAACAAUCCUUUGUACUGAUGAACUAUGGGGAAAUAGCGCCAACUGUUAUCAAUGUACAGGCUGGAUAUGAUACGAUCAACUCGACUCACCAUUUCACCAUUCCUGGCUCUUACUCAAAAGCUGCGACAAGCAGUAACUCACCUUUCCGCCUGCAAAGCAACGUUAAUAUAGCGGGUCGCUGGGCUUUCCGCACAGAUCAUGGAUCAAAAGGCUGCACCUUUAAGGGUGAGCCUGUGCAGCUGGGUGACUCAUUCUGGAGUGACAGUACAUGUGCACAAAAGUGCACCUGCACCUCAUCAGGCCUGCAGUGUCAGAACCAGCCCUGCACCUUUUCUCAAAUAUGCAGACGUGAUGCCUUUCAAUUUUCCUGCCAAACAGUCCAGAGGCGAACCUGCACCAUAAGUGGUGAUCCACAUUAUUAUACUUUUGACGGGGCUGUGUUCCACUUCCAGGGCACAUGCACGUACAUUCUGUCUGAGCAAUGUGGUGAUGGACAGCCCUACUAUAGAGUAGAAGGUUCUAAUGAGCAUCGAGGCAGCACGCAUGUCUCUUGGACACGACUGGUCAAAGUGUUUGUUUAUAAUGAAACCAUUGAGCUUGUAAAAGGACGUCGUGGCGCGGCCAAGGUCAAUGGACAAUUCAUGACCACACCCUUCUUCCUCAACAAUGGCACAGUCCAAGUUUAUGAAUCAGGUUUUUCUGUGACCAUCAGCACUGUCUUUGGAUUAGUUGUAUCCUAUGACGCAAAUCAUUAUGUGCAGAUUAGUGUCCCCUAUGGUUACCAGAAUAAGACAUGUGGCCUGUGUGGGGACUUCAACAAUCACCCAGAGGACGACUUUCGAACUCGGCAAGGCGUAGUUGUGAGCUCUGAUGUUGUCUUCGCCAACAGCUGGAAAGCACCAGGAGAAGAUGAUGAUGGUUGUGGGACUGGGUGUGGAGGUCUGGGCUGUGCUUCCUGUACUGAUGCUCAGACAGCUUUAUACGGCAACAGUGAUCAUUGUGGUAUUCUUCAGAACAGCUCUGGGCCUUUUGCUGCUUGCCAUGAAGAGCUUCCCCCACAAAACUUCAUGGAGAGUUGUGUUUUUGACCUGUGUUUCGGGCGAGGAUACCAACCUAUUCUUUGCCAAGCCCUAAGUGCAUAUGCAAGUCAGUGUCAACAGAAUGGUGUACAGCUGCCUAGCUGGAGGAGACAGGGCUUCUGUGAAAUCCCCUGCCCAGCCAACAGCCACUUUGAGUCCCAGGGUACAGGAUGUCCUGCCACCUGCGUCAAUCCUAAUUCUACCCAGAACUGCCCCCUCCCUGCUCAGGAGAGCUGCAUCUGUAAUUCAGGUUACAUCCUCAGCGGUGGGAACUGUGUCCCUCAUGCUCAGUGUGGCUGCAGUUUUGAGGGAAACUACUACCACUCUGGAGAAACUGUAAUAUUAGACCAAGACUGUGGGAGACAGUGUAACUGCAGUUAUGGCUCUAUGAGCUGUCAGCCCUAUGGUUGUGGUCCACUUGAAUCCUGCAAGUUGGAGGAAGGAGAAAGAGGAUGCAGACCUAACAGCUUUGGCACAUGUUGGAUCAGGGGCCCAGGGUCAUAUCAAACAUUUGAUGGGUUGACAUACCAGUAUCCUGGGGCUUGUCAGCUGACCCUUGCCAAAGUAAUGGGAAUGUCCAGUCACCCCCACUUUGUAGUAAGUGCAGAAAAAGUCCCCCAAGCCCAGCAGGGCUUUGCUCGGGUACUAAAAUUUGAGGCACAGGGAACACAUGUGUCCAUUGAGAUGUCCAGCCACAGCAGAGUACAGGUUGAUGGCCAGCUCAUCAGACUACCAUUCACAUCAGCCAACAGUGGAAUUCAGAUUUAUCACAGCAGCAUUCACAGCAUCAUCCUUCGCACUUCCUUUGGUGUAACUGUGCAGACAGUCUGGCCGCACUUUGUCAGAAUCACUGCACCAGUUGUUUACAGUAGUUCAAUAGGAGGACUCUGUGGUAAUUUCAAUGGUCACCCUCAUGAUGACUUCCGCACACCCAAUGGUAUCUUGGUCAACAGUUCUCAGGCAUUUGGGGACAGUUGGCGAGAUGGCUCCCUCAGUGCACACUGUGUGGAAACUAUGGAUCAUAACAAUGAAACUAAUUUCAACACUACAGAGCACUGUGGCCUCCUUGCAUUGUCAGGUGGGCCAUUUUCUGCAUGUUGGGACAGGGUGAAUCCAUGGCAACAGGUGGAUGUAUGUGUGGAGAUUUUGAGGUCCUCUGCAAAUCCAGCAUCAGCGCUGUGUGAGGUCUUCCGAGAUUAUGCACUGAUGUGCCAACAGAAGGGUGUUACCCUCGGACAUUGGAGGAAUGCAACUGGCUGUGAGCUGACCUGUCCAUCAAACAGCCAUUAUGAAGUCUGCGGAACAUCUUGUCCUUCCACAUGCCCCAGCCUCUCCUUCCCUUUCUCCUGUAACACUCCGUGCCAGGAGGGUUGUCAGUGCGAUGAUGGUUUUGUCCUCAAUGGGAACCAGUGCGUACCACCAACAGGCUGUGGAUGCCACCACCAAGGCCGCUAUCGGCAGGGAGGAGAACAGUUCUGGGUUGGCGAUGAAUGUCAGAGCCUGUGUUCCUGUGAUGGUAUUACUGGACUGGUUCACUGUGUCCCCAAUUCCUGUGGUGCCCAGGAGUCCUGUCGUGUGGUUGGAGGAGAGUACGGCUGCCAUCCCAGUCCUCAUGGCACCUGCUCUGCAUCAGGUGACCCUCACUAUCUGACCUUUGAUCGAAAUGCCUAUGACUUCCAGGGAACCUGCCGCUAUGUUCUGGCAACGCUUUGUAAUGACACCACUGGACUCCACCAGUUUUCUGUGGAGGCCAGGAAUGAGGCAUGGCAAGGGCUGCCAGUUUCAAUCACUGCUGAGGUUUUUGUGAAUGUGUGGGGCUACAGAGUGCAUAUGUCAAGGCAGAACCAUGGUGUAGUAAAGGUGGAUGGCAUAACUAAGAAUUUGCCUCUUCUGCUGGAUGGAGGUCUUGUUUCUAUUUAUGCAAGUGGACUUCGCACAUUUGUAGAUACAGAUUUUGGCCUCAGUGUCUCUUAUGAUGGACGGAGUACAGUGUCAAUCACCGUACCUUCAAAUUACAGUGGGAGAACUUGUGGUCUCUGUGGAAACUUCAAUGGAAACCGAAAUGAUGACUUCAUGACUCCAUCUGGAGUGGUAGUCACCUCUCCAUCUGAGUUUGGGACUGCUUGGAAGGUGGUAGGGAACUACAGCUGCAGUGAUGGGUGUGGCACUUCCUGUCCUCAAUGUACCAAUGACCAACCUGCUAGAGCUCAGUGUGAAGUGAUUACAGCAGCUGAUGGUCCCCUCAGCUUCUGCCAUCAGCAGGUGGACCCAACGCCAUACUUCAAUGACUGUGUAUAUGAUUUCUGUGUGUCGGAAAAUCAAGGCUAUGAUCUUGUGUGCAGAUCUAUUCAGGCAUAUGUCAGUGCCUGUCAGUCUGCUAAUGUCCGAAUCUACGCUUGGAGACAAAACACUACAUGUAGCAUUGACUGUCCAGCCAACAGCCAUUAUGAGCUGUGUGGGACUGACUAGCUGACCUGUCCAUCAAACAGCCAUUAUGAAGUCUGUGGAGAUUCUUGUCCUUCCACAUGCCCCAGCCUCUCCUUCCCUUUCUCCUGUAACACUCCGUGCCAGGAGGGUUGUCAGUGCGAUGAUGGUUUUGUCCUCAAUGGGAACCAGUGCGUACCACCAACAGGCUGUGGAUGCCACCACCAAGGCCGCUAUCGGCAGGGAGGAGAACAGUUCUGGGCUGGCGAUGAAUGUCAGAGCCUGUGUUCCUGUGAUGGUAUUACUGGACUGGUUCACUGUGUCCCCAAUUCCUGUGGUGCCCAGGAGUCCUGUCGUGUGGUUGGAGGAGAGUACGGCUGCCAUCCCAGUCCUCAUGGCACCUGCUCUGCAUCAGGUGACCCUCACUAUCUGACCUUUGAUCGAAAUGCCUAUGACUUCCAGGGAACCUGCCGCUAUGUUCUGGCAACGCUUUGUAAUGACACCACUGGACUCCACCAGUUUUCUGUGGAGGCCAGGAAUGAGGCAUGGCGAGGGCUGCCAGUUUCAAUCACUGCUGAGGUUUUUGUGAAUGUGUGGGGCUACAGAGUGCAUAUGUCAAGGCAGAACCAUGGUGUGGUAAAGGUGGAUGGCAUAACUAAGAAUUUGCCUCUUCUGCUGGAUGGAGGUCUUGUUUCUAUUUAUGCAAGUGGACUUCGCACAUUUGUAGAUACAGAUUUUGGCCUCAGUGUCUCUUAUGAUGGACGGAGUACAGUGUCAAUCACCGUACCUUCAAAUUACAGUGGGAGAACUUGUGGUCUCUGUGGAAACUUCAAUGGAAACCGAAAUGAUGACUUCAUGACUCCAUCUGGAGUGGUAGUCACCUCUCCAUCUGAGUUUGGGACUGCUUGGAAGGUGGUAGGGAACUACAGCUGCAGUGAUGGGUGUGGCACUUCCUGUCCUCAAUGUACCAAUGACCAACCUGCUAGAGCUCAGUGUGAAGUGAUUACAGCAGCUGAUGGCCCCCUCAGCUUCUGCCAUCAGCAGGUGGACCCAACGCCAUACUUCAAUGACUGUGUAUAUGAUUUCUGUGUGUCGGAAAAUCAAGGCUAUGAUCUUGUGUGCAGAUCUAUUCAGGCAUAUGUCAGUGCCUGUCAGUCUGCUAAUGUCCGAAUCUACGCUUGGAGACAAAACACUACAUGUAGCAUUGACUGUCCAGCCAACAGCCAUUAUGAGCUGUGUGGGACUGACUGUGGCCACACCUGUGCCAGCAGCAUUGAUGCCACCUGUGAGCAUGUUUGCUCUGAAGGAUGUUUCUGUGAUGAGGGAUUCCUGAGGAGUGGGACUGGGUGUGUUCCAGCGGAAACUGUGGCUGCCAGUAUGAUGGCUCCUACUAUAGUGUAA